AUGCAAUCUUUUGUUCUAGGCGAGGCAGGAGCCGCAGCUCCUCCCGCGGACGCAGCCGCAGGAGCCGCCGCGGAGCCGGAGCUGCUCUAUGCGCUGCCGCUCUUCCGGAAGCCAGCCUUCCCUGGGUUUUACCAUGUGAUCCAGGUCCAGGAUCCCGAAAUCAUGGAUUACAUCGUGAGGCUCAGAUCCUCAGAGAAGGGAGGCUACCUUGCAGGCUUCAUGACCAAGGAAAUGCCUGAAGGCUUGGCUGACUCCCCACAGAGCGAGACGGCCGCGCCGUUGCUGAGUUUGCCUCCAACCCCGCAGACGCAGCAGGGCGAGAAGAAGACGCGAAAGGACACGGGGAAGGUGGCUUCCUCGGAUGCUUUGAUGGAGGUGGGCACGAAGCUCCAGGUGGUGACGGUGACCUUGGGGAAGAACCAGGCGCCCAGCCAACCCGGUGGCAGCCUGGUGGUGAUGCCCAUGCAGCGAAUCCGCCGCGUGGGCACUAUCUCCAAUCCCGUCGCCGGGGUGCCCCUCUGCGCCGUGGAGACGGUGCCCCUUCCCGUGCUGGAAGUGCCGACCGAUGAGUCCGAGACCAGCAUCGAGAUUCGAGCGCUGAACCAUGAAAUGGUCGCCACGAUGAAGGAUUUGCUGAAGAUGCAGUUUGUUAACAAGGAGCAGUUUGAGCAAGUGAUCAAGUACUACAACCUGGACGACCCCCUUAAGCUUGCAGAUUUAGCUGCUGGCAUGUCCAGUGCUCCGCGGCAAGAUCUUCAAGAGGUGCUCACCUGCGAGGAUGCGGCCGAACGCCUUCGCAAAGUCCUCUUGAUCUUGAAGAAGGACUUGGAGUCGACACGUUUGCAAAGCCAGUUUCGAAGCCAAAUCGAGGACAAGUUUGCGAAGGAAAACAAGAAGUUCAUCCUGAUGCAACAGCUUCGCUAUAUCAAGCGGGAGUUGAACCUCGAAUGGGAUGGCAAGCAGAGCAUCAUCACUGCCUUCAAGGAGUCCAUCAAGAAGUUGGGGAACUUGGUGCCAGAGGAGGCAGCGAAGGCCAUGGAUCAGGAGCUGAGCAAGUUGGGGAACUUGGAGCCGCAAAGUGCCGAGUUCAACGUUUGCCGCACCUACCUCGAGUGGCUGACGGCUCUGCCGUGGGGGAAGUUCAGCGAGGACAACACUGACAUCGACCGGGCCGAGCGGAUCCUGAACGAGGAUCACUACAGCUUGGAGGAUGUCAAGGAACGGAUUCUUGAACAUAUGGCAGUGAGCUUCCUGAAAGGCUCCGUCCAUGGGAAGAUCAUGUGCCUGGUGGGCCCGCCGGGUGUGGGAAAGACCUCGAUUGGGAAAUCCAUCGCGCGGGCCAUCGACAGGCAGUUCUUCCGCUUCUCCGUGGGCGGCCUGCAUGACGUCUCGGAGAUCCGCGGGCACCGGCGGACCUAUGUCGGGGCGAUGCCGGGCAAGAUCAUUCAGGCGCUGAAGAUCAGGCAGGUGUCCAAUCCGGUCAUCUUAGUGGAUGAAGUGGACAAGCUGGGCCGUGACUUCCGCGGAGAUCCCUCUUCCGCCCUGCUGGAGGUCCUGGACCCCGAGCAGAACGCGAACUUCCGAGAUCUCUACUUGGAUGUGCCGUUCGACCUGUCGAAGGUCCUGUUCAUUUGCACGGCCAACGUCACUGACACCAUCCCAGGACCCUUACUUGAUCGAAUGGAAAUUAUUCGACUUGCCGGCUAUGUCUACGAAGAGAAGCUGGCAAUAGCAAAUCAGUACCUUAUUCCGCAGACCAUUGCGAGCAACGGCGUGGCAAAGGACAUGCUGGAUCUUCAACCCGAGGCGCUGGCGGAGUUGAUCCGGAACUACGCACGAGAGGCGGGGGUCCGGGAGCUCCGAAAGCUCCUGGAGAAGAUCACCCGGAAAGUUGCUUUGAGCAUGGUUCGCGCGGAGGCGGCGGAGAGGAAACUGGCCAUGAUCUCACUGGAGAAUCUUCGGAAGUUUGUGGGCCAGCCGCCCCAUUCCACGGACAGGCUCUUCCAGGAUGCGGUGCCCAGUGGCGUGGCCAUGGGCCUCGCCUGGACCGCUCUGGGUGGCAAGACCCUGGUGGUGGAGGCCCGGGGCCGAGUGCCUGCGAGCAACGCACGGGCAGCCCAGGGGGUUUCUCGCGUCGUGCAGAGAGAGGAGAAGAUCGGCCUGACUGGGGAAGAGUGGCCAGAUCGAUGGAAGCAAGUUCGGAGACUUCUGAGAUGCUACUCCGUGAUACUCUGCAUGCUCCUCCAAAGGGGAUUAGACAAUUACUGCAAAAAGGAUGACCGCAUUGAGCUUCUUGCAGUGUAG